UCACUCCUUCCACUCACUCUCAAACCAUUCGACUUGAGUCUAUUCCUAUCAUUGUCAUGUAUGGAUUCUCAAGCUGGACUCGCUUAGACUGAUGGCCAGUCAUCUAGAAGCCAGAUUAUAACAUUAAGAAUACUCAGCAUACGACUAGUUCUACCCGUGCGAGGCUAAUUCGUGUCACGUUGAUCAUUGGACGUCUUGCCAACGAUUCCUGCAACACUGUGAAGACUAGCAACUACUUUCGCUCACUUUUGCGCGCAUAUACACUGUAAUAAGGCGCAGACACUGCUCUUAUCAUCUUUGACCUUCCGAGUUCGCAAUGGAGGAUGAGGCAGCAGAGAUCGAAUUGCUAGAGCAAAAUCUUAACAAGACUCGGCAAAUCUCUCAGCGGAUGAUCUCUAUCCUUACAAACUUUGACACCCGCCUCGUGAAGUUAGAGAAGUCAAUACUUCCUCUUCACAACUCCACUCAGCUCUUAAACAGGAGAUCUGCAAAUAUUGAAAGCACUCUCCAACUCAUUGAUGAGGUCGCAUCUAGUCAACAAGGCCUUGCGAAUGAAGAAGGCUUGAUUCUUCGAGGUCCUCAAGCUACACAGCUGGACGUUUAUAUAGAUGCUCUUGAACGAAUGAACGCUAGUAUUGCGUUUAAAGGUGCUUCAUCCGAGGAGGCUCGAGAGACGGCACGUCUGGUUGAAGCUGGGGCGAAGAAGCUUGCGCAGCUCUACACUAAGUACGUUGCUGAGGCAUCGUCUGGCGUGGCUCCGGUGCGGUCCUCUAUCUAUAACGAUCCGAACGCCAUUCUUGUCCCAUUUCCUGAAGACAUUGUCCGAUCGUUGCAACCAAUCGUCACGUUCCUUCGCACCCUGCCUGUCCCCGCUACUCAUCCUUCUCAUCCUGCUGCAGCUGCCAUUCAGUCAGCAUUGUCCGAUGCACAAAGAGGUUACGCAGAUAUGCGAGGUGCUUGGAUACGUAAAUGUCUCGAGACUGAUGCAAAGCGAGUUGUAGAAGGUCGAGGAGAAGGCUAUGGCAGCGGUAGAGAUACGAAUGCAGCAGAGGCUGGCAUUAAAGAAGGCCGAGAAUUUGGUGCCUGGGUCGAAGGCGUCAUAGGUGUUGCGGAGAACGAAUAUGCCAUUCUGGCGGAGCUUGCUCUUCUCUCUGCGCCAAGCCAACUUUCAGGCACGUAUGCCUCAUUGCUCACCCCUUUGCUCACUCUCCUUUCGACUUCUCUCACUCAAGUCACGAACCGCGUCAAACGUGCUUUGCAAGCGAAUGCUUUUCUCGCGCUCUCCACCUAUGGGUAUUUGGCGAGCCCAGAGAUAACUCAACGCUGGGAGGAAGGUGUCAAGAGGCGUGCUAGUGGGUCUACGGCAAACGUGAAUGUCUUGAAGGAGGGCUUGCACAGUCUACGUGCUGUAUGCCUUCGGAGUUUCCCUGAGUUUCUUGCAGACAUCAAGCUCGCAGCUGUGCCGAGGACAGAGAUUGGAACGGACGUCGCCGAGAUCACCGAGACAGUCGUCAAAUACAUGUCUGCUAUACCUGCAGUGCAGGAUGCAGUUGGUGCCUCACUCCUUACACUAGGGGACGGAAACUGGAAAAUGGGGGAAGGAGUCCAGGUUUCAAAGGGACCAAAGCUUGGAGAUGGGGAUGAAAGUAUCAUCAUCGAGCAUUAUAUAUACGAUAUUAUUAUGACAACCUUGUCAACAUUGACGGCUCUCUCGCGCACCUCGCGUCGACCAGCCUUCGGAGCUAUUUUCCUCCUUAACAACGUAUCGUACCUCCAAAACGCCCUGCUAUUUUCAUCCACAGGAACUGCGCCAAUAGAAGGACUAAUUGCUCCUCCAGCUCGAAAUGCAUUGCAAUCAGGAUUUCGCACAGCGAAGGCAGGCUAUUUCGAUGCCAACUAUUCUCCAUUGCUGCAGGCAUUGGGAGACGGGCCGGGAUCAGGAGGAAGUGGGAAAACCUCUGUGAAGGAGAAAUUCACGAGGUUCUAUGACCUUUUCGAAGAGAUCGUGGAACGUCAUCGUGCCGUGCGUAUUUUACCGGAUGACGACAACGGCAGAGAUGCACUAGCCGAGGAAGCCGCAAGGCUAGUGGUACCAAGUCUGCAGCGGUUUAUACAGAAGAAUAAAGACUUCAGUAAAAACCCUCAGAAAUACAUCAAAACAUCACCGGAGGAUAUUGAGAAACAAAUCAAGAAACUGUACUAGCUGAUGAUAUCACGUACCUACAGACAUCAAAACAUCACCGGAGGAUAUUGAGAAACAAAUCAAGAAACUGUACUAGCUGAUGAUAUCACGAUAGCCUGCUUUCUAGUCUGGCCAGGACGCCUGUCUUUUUGUUUAAUUCAUGAGACGCACUGUAUAAUAAUAAUAAUUUAUGUAUUCGCCAUACGUGC